CAAAGAACGCAAUAACUUCUUGGUCACAGACCAAACACUGGAGUUUCGUUUACUAAUACUACAUAUAGUAUAAUUAUAUAUAGGCUGCAUUUUUUAUAAUACUUGAACAGCAAUACAUUUCAGGUGAUGAAUGGAAUACUUUUGCAGCUGAUGUCAUUAGCACGUUCCACAAAACACGGCCUUAAACUAAAAAACCGUAGGGCUAACGUUAGUAUUCAACAGAUGGUCAGUUAAAAAGCAGGGGAUUAUUGGUGACUCCAUGGCUGCUGUGCAGUAUUUUAUUGAGAGGUUCUCUGUGACUUGCAACAAGCCAAUGUCCCACCUGCAGCUGGCCUGCUGUUCAUCUCACUGCGCACUCCCAUGGCAGGACAAGAGUAUCAGGAUUUACGAAAACAACAAUCUGGAGCCUCCCUUGGAACUCACUGGUCACCAUGGUGAUGUGUCUGCCAUGGUAAUUGGGACGGUGAGAGAUCGUCUCGUCCUCUGCAGUGCUUCUGAAGAUUAUGUUAUCGUCUGGGACAUUGACCGCUGCUACAGACGGAUCAGAGAAGGUGUAAGUGCCUCAGGUACAGUUGUUGGCACAUUGCUUGGCAAGGUGGAGCAUCUGUCACUGUGUCCACAGAGUGCAAGAUUGGCUGCGUGCUCAGGCUCCAGAGUGUUUCUGUUGAAUGCAGAGAGAGAGGAUGUGCUUGGAGUUUUGAAAGCUCAUCUUGGUCCUGUGACUGCCUCAGAGUUCUGUCCAUGGGACGUUAAUCUUCUCAUCUCAAUCUCAGAAGACAGAACAUUUAAGAUUUGGGAUGUGAAGAAGGGAGAUAUACUCUUUGAAUCUGCUGUCCUGUCAGCGUAUCCACUGCUUAGUCUGUUCUUCUUGGAGCAAAGCAGUCAGUUCAUCACAGGAUCUGGUGAUGGACAGCUUUGGUGUUACACUCUCCCUGUGGACCACAAAUGCCGCUUGGUGACAAAACUGGACCUUUCGAAGCUCGAACAGAAGUAUGAGAGAAACCACAGAAAAACCAGCUCACCUCAAAAUAGUCCAGAUGGAAUGAUUGGUAAUGAAGUGAGAGGAACAGUGGAGACAACAAAGCCUGUUCUGAAAAUCUGGGCCCAGAAACUGCACUCCAGUCAUGCUAGCCUCCAGCAGAGAACAAGUUGUGUGUGGAUCGGAAGUUCCGAUGGGCUGUAUCUGCUUGACCUGGAUACUUCAGAGCUUCUCAUGAUUCUUCCACUCAAAGGCAUCAUAAGUGACCUAAGCAUCUCAAUGGCAGGAUCAUGGGCCGUCACUAAUGGACUUGGUGGCAAUAUGUGCUGUUUGGUGACUUCUCUAUUUGGGACUUCAGUAACCCUUUUAGAGGUUAAUAGUGCCGGGCUGGACGAGCUCUGUUUUAGGAUGGCAAUGGGCUUCUCUGUGGAUGAGCAACUUUCAGUUGUGCCCAGCUCUCCUCUGAUGACUAUGUCCCCUCUGAAUGCUGAGCUGGCAAAACAUGGCCGAAAACCUCAGAAAAAAAUAGGUGUGAGCUGUCAGAAGAGUGUAAAGGAUCAGGCUUUGGUUUUUCACACGCAAGUGAAGUCAUCAGGAUACAAUACAGCUCCUCAUAGGACAAUGUUUAGACCAAAGACCAGUGUUAAGAAGAAAAGCAACUCUGCCUCAGCAACUAGCACAAAUACGAAAGGCCUCUUAAGUGAGUAUCCAUCCCAUUUGGAAGCACCGAGUAUGCCUUACGCUCAUAUAACAGUUUCCACAACUCCAACCCCAGUCAGCUCUCUACAGUUCUCAGGAAAUGGAAAGCAGAUUGCGUGUGGUCUUGGAGAUGGUUCUGUUUUGUUGUAUAACUCUUCACUCACCAGUAACCCAGCUGUCUACACAGGUCACAGUAAGGCUGUGAACACUGUAUGCUGGAGUCACAGUAAGCAGUGGUUUUUAAGUACUUCUGAGGACCCCACCCUUUGCAUCUGGAGCCCGAAUGCUUCAGAACCUGUUUUAACCAUGGGAGAUGACCAGUUUGCAAAGCCCAUCAGAAGUGCUCAAUUUUAUUACCUGGACAAGUUUUUACUGUUGGCGUCGGGAUCAAAUCUAAUGCUGUACCUUUACCAUCUGGACACCACAAGAGAUGACAUCAAGAGGUAUAAGCAAAGAAGCAAGUGCAAAUUGACCAGUAAAUUCAACAUGAAGUCAGGAACGGACAUCACUUCAAUGUCGGCCAUCAAUGACUUCUACUCCUAUAUCGUCUUGGCUGCUGGUGCUGACCGCACCAUCCAGGUGUUUGAUAUGAACCAGGGCUGUAUGGCCACUCAGAUCCCUGAUGCCCACUGUCGAGCUGUCCACCUCCUCACCCAGAACAAGGGAUCCGCGUUCUGUACACAGGCCUUGGAAUCGUACAAUCUCUUUCUGAGCAGCGCUAUAACAGAUGGUCUGAAGUUGUGGGACCUGCGCACUGCAAGGUGUGUUCGCCGUUAUGAGAGCCAUGUUAACCGCUGUCACCAUUGCACUGCGGCCUUCUCACCCUGCGGUCGCUUCAUAGCUACUGGCUCAGAGGACCAUUCUGCCUAUAUAUUUGACACACGCAGCAGCAGCUUUCUUCAUAAACUCCCGAGACACUCUGAAACUGUCCUGAAUGUGGCUUUCAACCCUGCUAAUCCAGAGCUGUUGACUGGAACACUCGAUGGAAAGCUGGCUUUGUUUCAUCCGGCCGAAUCUCUUCUCCCUUAAGUGUGGAAUCUGCCCCAAUGGCUCAGUUCUUGACCCAAGUUCACCGAUGCUGCAGACAAAUGAAAUCAGUCACGUUGAGAUUACUCUGCUGGCGUGCCACCUCUGAGACCGACAUCAUGGACGGGAUCUGUGAUAUCAUCAUUUAAGCCACCAUUGACAACCUACAGAUGUGACAACAUGCUCACGCCCUCGAUUGCCAAGCCAAAGACGCACCCUCAGAGAAAAGUCCAUUUGAACAACAGGUUUGAGCAACAUGUUUCCAUGCAUUUGAAAUGCAAGAUUCUUUAUUAAAGUAAACCUAAAUCUUGAUUGUAAAUCUUCUUUUAGAGUGACUCCUUUUAUGUAAAAUCUGCAUAUACUAUGCACCCGUGAUUUCAGACCCAAAAUAAUUCAUUUUAAUGGAUGGAUGAAAGGAGAUCAUUUUUAGGUAAGUUUAUGUUUUAGGUUUGGUUUUGCAUAAAUUAAAUGCUGUACACCAGAGCCACUUUGGCAUUCUCAUUAUCUUUCAGUCUCACCAGAAUCAAUAGUUGUGUUAAGGUGGCAAUAAAUUGCAGAAUGCAUGCAAGAAAGACAAGAUUCAGAAGCCUGAAGUGAUAGAGAAGAAUGCUGAGUCUUUAAUGAUGGGUGGUGUCCACUACAACUGCUGGCAGCAUUUCUGCGCCAAUUACUUUUCUGAGGUCAUUCUGCGCUCUGCCCAUUUAGCAACUAUCCCAUAGAGGGUUAUCUUUAGCAAAGCAUGUUUUGCAAUGGUUUAUAUUGACUCUCCUGACUGUUAAUGUUAUACCUUAAUAUUUAACUGUAUUGAUGUACAGCAAAUAAUAAGUUUGCAUUUAAAAAAAAAAACUAAAUAUGAAUAAUAUUUUAAUGCUGGAUUAUAUGUUUCCUAUGUAUGUGAGAAUUUACUGUGGGUUACAUUUUUUUCUAUUUUGAAAGUAUAUGAAAUACCAAGAUAAAACUAAAGAAAAGUACUUUUUUUUUUUAGUUUUAUUUGGACAAGUUCUAAGUGUGAAUGGAAACAAUUCAGCAGUUUUGGUUCAUUGUCAUUGGUCACGUUUGAGCUCUACUUUUGAAUUAAAGAAAAAUAAUAAUGCUUCAACUUCUCUCUUAUACAAUAAUUGGGGUUGGCUGCUCUUUCUAAACAAAGAAGCUGUGCACUUCUAAUGGUUAACAGAGAGAUGUCAAAUAUGGAUGCACAUAACUACUGAAUUGGCCAUAAUGUUCUUAACCUCUUCCCUAGCACAGCCAGUUUAACCUAUUACUAUUAUUAAAAAUUAAAACAACGUAAUAAAUAAAUAUAUCAGUUAUUGCUACAUAGUCAGUUUUUCAACACCUCUGUUUUCAAGUCAUUUAGAUGCUCAUGGAAAACAAACUUUGGUUAUCAAAGUCACAAAAAGUGUUAACUGUUCACCUCAUUGGAUUGUUCCAGGUCUUUGAAAUUUGAAAAACUUUUGGUUCUAAAGAAUAGACUUUCCCACAUUAGCCUUAUCUGUAAGUUCAUUCAAAGGACAUUCCUUCAUUCUGUCAGUACAGGAUGUAAUUCAUUUAUUUCAGAUAUAGCUGAUGGGGGAGAGAGGAGUAGUCUACACAUUAAUGAUAAGAGAAAGAUUUUGUUUUUUAAUGCAUGAGUUCCUUUUCAUGUGUGAGAUAUGUGACUGCUAGUUCCAUUUCAUUCAGUGAUUUUUGUUUAAUA